AUCAAAGAUGAGAUAGAUCACAACAAUCAGAGCAUCGACGUCGUUCUUAAGCUGUGCAGUCUUCUCCAAGACGACGAUUGGUAUCUCAGCACCCAUCAACGAGAGAGAGAAUCUCUUCAACUGGGCGCUAUCAAUGUGGAGAGAAGAUGGCAGAAUAUCAGGACGCACUCCGAAGAGAUGUUAUCCCAUGUCAGGCAAGCUCUGGAAACCACCAAGGCCUAUUCUUCUGGUACAUCCUCUGGAGAUGAGCAGAGGUCAAUAACACCAGACCUUCCCUUCAUCAUGGAAGAGAGCGACCAUGAAGAGGCAAAACCUCAACUAUCUCAGUCAGAGAACUCCAUCCAUCUUAUCCAUUCAAGGUUCCAACCUUCCGGGGCCAAAGACGAUGACAUGGUCGAUGGCUAUGGCAACAGGAUGCACAACCAGGGACGGACAAUUGAGUAUGAUGAUAUCUUGGUGGCAAGGGAAGCGUUCUCCGAGAACGAUGCCUUCAGCAUCAGCGAUGCCUCUGAGGUCUCUGCUGAGGAUUUUGCCUUUGAUGAUCAUCUUCCGUUGAAGGAUGAGGAAGACGAGGAGGGUGAUCUAGGGCUUGAUGAUGACUUGGUGCUCCCGCUCAGUGAGACACCAGACAUCAUGGAGCUCACGGACGAGAUGCUGGAUGCCUAUCUUCAGCUUGAGGAGGAUUUUCUCCAGGAGGUAGAGGAUGAGAUGCAGGAGGAGGAGAAGACUUCCAAGGCAGCAGCAGCCCUGGAGUUCUGGUCGAUGUCUCCAAGAGAGGAACACAUGCUGAAGGCAGAAGAUCUUCAAAAGAUGCAUGCCGCACUGAAGGGACAAAUUGAGGAGCAGAAGAUAGAAGAGGGAGAUGGGGUAGAGGAGGAGAAAGAAGAUGAGAUGUCUUUUGAGAAUAUGUGCAAUGCCUACUCUGAAGCAGUAGCAAAUCUUGAAGGAGACCAUGGUCGCUUAGACUCGGUUGGUUCAGACUUUCUGUCGGAGGAAGCAGAGGAAGCCUUGGAGUGUUUGGCAUCAGAUGAAGAUAUCGGAGAUGAAUAUGACGCAGAUCUGGACGAUGAUUGUUUCUUUACAGAGGAUGCAGUCCAUAGCACCACCCAACCAUUAGAUAUCAUGUACACGGAAGAAACGCAAGAAUUCAAUGAUGACUUUGCCGGGUGGAUGAUUGGUUCCAUGGAAGAUGUGGCAGAAUACCCAGACUCUUUGGAGAUGGAAUCCUUUACUUCUGACGGGAGCUCAGAAGGAAAGGAAUCCUCUCACUUACAGAAUAGUAAAGAAGAGGAAGAGGAGGAGGUAGAAGAGGAGGAGGUACAUGAAGGAAUGGAAGAUGACCUUCCAGAAAUCUGUGCGGAUGAUUCCAUCUUCUCUUCUGAAGAGGAUGCAUCUGCUUCAUCCCCAACACUGCUCUCUACGUGGCCUCAGGAAAACCCACAUUUUUUCCCACCUAUCUCAAAUGAGUCGUCAACCAAUUCUUUGUUUUCCUCUCUCAAGAGCCUCUCAUCCUCGCCUGAUGCUCAGUCAUUUUUCAAAGGCUCCAGGCUUUUCCCAUCUCUGUUAUCAAAUGAUGAGGCCAGCAGCUCUCCAAGAUGCGAAGAAGAGGAAACUACCCCUGUCAUUCCAUUUCGAAGACACAGUUUGGGUCAGAGGAGACAUUCCCAGUGGUCAAAUGGUCCAACUGAAAAGGAGGAAGAGAAGGAUAAUCUUUUAGAAAUAACGGGUAUUAGUCUAAGUCACAUGUAUGAGUCUUUGGAUUUUGUGACUGAACUUGUGCAUCAGAUAGCACCUGAAGAAAAAGACAGAAGUCCUGAGCAAAAUUCCAGAUUUUCUGACUUUUCAGAUGCUUUGGGUAGAGCAGAAGUGAAAACGUCCCAUUCCUUGUCCGAUAGUUUUGAUAUCGUGUCCAACAUUGUCCGUAGAAUGGUGCCAAGUUAUGAUGAGGAUUUGGACUCAGUGGAGGAGAGAAGCUCCGCAGGCGAACAAACAGAUUCCAUGGAGGAAGUAGAUAGUUGUAGCCAAUCAGAGGGCUUACAGGAAGUUAUUGAGGCAGCCAGCAAUACAACGCUAAGUGAUUCACUUCCUCUCAGCCACUCUCUAUGGCGGGAUUACAUGCAAACUUGUACUGGUAGUUUCAAUUUCACGUGGCCAGCGGGAGAAGCACACUGUGAUAGAGACUGCACUGAAUUGGCUAGUAUUCAGGCUGCCGUGAAGCAUACUUUAUCGAAAGCACUGAAGGGAGAAGACAACGAGGAAGAGAGUGCAAUCAUGAGUCCUGAGCAAGGAAAGAAGUCAAAGAAGAACAAACGCAACAAGAGAAAGUCUGGAUCUUCUGUAUCCGACACGCAGUCGGUACAGACAGAAGGCAGCUGUACAGGUAGUUGCGAUACAGGAUUCAACUCGCUGCUGAGUACCGACGACGAGAAGUCGACCCAUGACGCGCUGAAGCUCUCCGAAGUUGACAGCCCUUGUACCGUCGUGGAUGAGAAUGACACUUCCCUCAACAAGUCGGGCUAUAUGAGUUACGUUUCUCAGAUCGCAGAAGCCUGCUCUGAAGGUAACUUGGACCAGUACCUGAGCACCCAGAAGCACAAGCAGUGUUACCUGUGGUCGGUGCCACCUCCUGCGGAGGACAGCCCCGAGGAAGCUGCUCUGAAGGAAGAGAUCAUGGGGCUGGAGAAGGAGGUCAACGAUCUCCUACUGUCCACCGAGGAACUGGAAUCCAAGUGGGAGCUGGACUCCCAGGGCACCGAUAACACCGACCGCCUGAUGGAGGCGACCAACACCCUGGUGGAAGAACUGAAGAGCGGGAAGAACCUGGAGGCGGAAGACCUGGAGGAGGAUCAGGUCGGGAGCUGGAAGGAUGUCAUCGUGCUGUGGAUGGAUAAGAAUGGCAGGGUACGGGAUGCCGAGACACAAGGCUGCACACCAAUCACUGUCUCACCGGACUAUUUGCACUCUGAAGGUGGACAUAUGACUCCUAUUAUUGAGGAGAUUACCUCGAUGGAAGCGUUGGAAGCACACCAGAAGCCCGCCAUCUUACCCAGACAGUACCAAGACAUGGACAUGGUGGACCAUCCCGGUAGCGCGACCCACUCCCCACACCACCACACCCAGAGAACCGUCGUCGACGCCAAGGAUGCCUGCGAGCAGUACGAACUCCCGAAGCAAAGUAAGUCCUUCACAAGACGGGUCUUGGGCGUGGCCUUUCCCAUUCAGCUACUCCUCUUUCUCUGCACCAUCUUGGUCCUGGUGCUCCCGUCCAUGGUGGUACCGUACCACGGCGACUGCUACCUGUCGCUCACCGACAACCUCAUGUUGGAUGCGUCGGGCCCGGUCAUGAGCUACGUCAGAGGGCCGCCGCCGGUGUGAAACCCUUUCCACCGAACUGACAACGUAAUUGGUAUACAACUCAUUUUACAAACUCGCCUCAUUUAUCUUUGAUGUCAUUUGAUGUCAAUAUUUUAUUUUGCUUUAUGAAUGUCAACGUCAUAUAUUUUCAACCUCAUCAUAUAUUUUCAAUAUUGUUUUCCUUUUCCAUAGUGAUAUAUUGUGAGAAAUAUUUAUUAGUGUGCGAUGUAUUGUAGAACAAGAAAUUCAUCUUUCAUUUCAUAAAUUUCCCAUCAUUUUAUUUGAUGUUUUCCAUGUUUCUUUCACAAUUAGUGUUUAGAAUCAACUGUGGAUGUGUGAUAGUGUUUGUAGUGAGUCUAUAAACUUAUUAUCACGCUUAAUUGAAAUGGCAAUCUAUUUUUUAUCAGAGUUAUUUUCUGCUUUGUGGAAUAAAAGAGUAUAGUUUGAUGUGGAACUAUAUAUAUAUUUGCCAUGUUUCUGGAUACCAAAGUUGUGUAAA